AUGCUCCUGCUUCUCUUGCUUGUCACAUUUUGCACUCUUACAAUUAAGAAGUUUGACGAGAUCAAAGCCCUCACCGGUGACGUGAUCACCUUCUUUGGAUCUUCCUCGGGCUUGACGGAUGACCAGCGCGAGGUAAUAGAUGCUGUCAUGGCCCUGCACAAUAACACCUUCCUGGUUGACAAGGACGACGAAGCCAACGCGCAGAUAUUUGGGACACCUGACCUUCAAAACCUUCCGGCGCUCUAUGUUCUAGUCUACGAAGAGAUGAACGCAGAGAGGUAUAGAGGAGAAUUUACUCUUGCAGGAAUAUCAGAAUACAUCCGCUAUAAGUUUGCACCUUACGAUGAUUCGCUCGUAGUCUCGGACGCGUCUCUGGAGAGUGUCAUGAAGGGAGUUGAUAACGGGACUCACUCUGGCGCCGCGGUCCUUUUCGUCUCGCGGAAGAAAUGUGCAGCGUGUCCGAGUACGGCAAUCUCCAUUCUGCGCUCUGCAACGAGAAUGCACGCUGCUGACCCGUCCGUACAGUUCUACGCACUCAACUGUGACGACAUGCUCAAAGAGUGUGGCGCGGUGCACAUAGACCGAGUCCCGACGUUUGCUGUCUAUAGCAAUGGAAUAUGGACACACUAUCUGGGUGGUCAGGCUGGUGCAGAUGUCGACGCUUUUGUUCAAGCAGAGAUCAAAUCGGACAAGGAGACUUUGGAUCGACGACGGGAAGCACAAGACAAAACGAGCAAAGCAUUCGAAGAGCACAUUAAGCAGGCAGAGGAGAAGAUGAAAAAAGGCAAAGAAGACAAGGGAUCUGCUGGAUCGUCCGUUCCAAAUACCGCCACACGAUCGAGAAUGCUCACGCUGGAGAAGCGAGUGGCAGAAUUAGAGAAGCAGCUGGAGAAGCUCAAGAGUAAGAAGACAAAGAACGACAAGAAAGAGCUCUAA